CGGUUUGACUGUGCCUCUCUCUCUUCUCUCUGUGGCGUGGCCGUGGUUAUUUGGUGGGUGGACUUUCAGAUGUGCUUCUGCCCGCCGGCCACACCCUCUCUCUCUCUCUCAAUUGACUUCCUACUUCCUUCGUUCUUUUAGGGUGCUGUUGGUUUUUCCUUGUUCUUUGGCUCGUGUGAUCUAUCUGAAGAAAAUAAAAAACUUGGUGGCCGCAGUUCUACCAUUUCUCUUAUUCAGGGUUGGUAGCUCUGUUCUUGAUAUCUGGUUGAUGGGCAUCUGUUUUUGGCUUUGAUCGUGACUCUCCGUGAGAUAUUUUGAGUUUCUCGGAAGCUUUUGAUUUCGUUUGGUGCUCUUGGUGUUGGAGGAGAUAGAAUUUCUAAUGCUCGUCUCUUGAUGAUGAAGUUGGUUUCAGUCCCGUCUUGUUGAAAAACCAGGUUUUUCAUAUGGUUUUUGGUUUCUAUGGUCUUACUGGUUAUCUUUUCUUUGCUUUGGAUUUCCUGAGAGUCGAUUCCGCGGGUUUCUUCCGUCUGUUCAAUCGGUUUCUUGUUCUAACUUGGACCGAUACUGUUGGUCUGUCUUCUGGAGUUCUGAGUGAUGGUUGCUGGCUCAAGCCACCGUUUCUACUUCUGCUGUUGGUGAAUCGGAUGCGUGGAGUUUACUUGUGUUUAUCGUUCGGAUGUUAAGUUUCUUGUAAAGAAUUUAGUAAUCCAUAUGAGCAGUUCAAGAAUAAGUUCUUCGAUAUCAGUUUGUUGAAGUGGCUUUCUCUUUAUUAGUUUCCUGAUUGGUUAGUCUCGUCGUAUUCAUCAAGCUCUUGUGCAAUAAUAAAUUUCAGGGGUGGAUAAAAUUGUCAACCCCCAACAGCCUUCCUAUGAAAUUUGGUGCUUGCGAUUUGGCUUGCACAAGAUACACAAUAAAUUCUUGAAGGAUUGUGGUGCUUCUCAAAGUUUGCGUAAUUGUGAUCAGUUGAUUUGGAGGAAAAAUGGGAGGAAUUUGUUCAAGGAGGUCCGCUGUAAAUAGUACUUUUGAGCCGACCUUCCCACGUUCCAAUGGCCAGGUUCUAUUGAAUGAUCCUGAUGGUAUUCCUUUUCAUGCUGGUUCGAAGACACAGAACAAUGCAGCCUCACCCUUCAUGGGGGACAAAAACCAGUUGCGUGAUCCCUUUGCCUUCUCUGAUAUGCCUGACUAUGUCAAUAAUCAGUUUGAUGAACAGUCAAAGGAACCACAGUUGAACAGGUCACAGUCUCAGAAGUCCAAAACGUCGAGAUCAGUGGCAGCAGCGAAAAUAGGUGCAACAAAGGUAUCAGAAGUUAGCUCUCUUCUGGGAAGAGCAGGUACAGUUGGGCUUGGCAAAGCCGUGGAAGUUUUGGAUACACUUGGAAGUAGCAUGACUAAUUUGAACAUGAACAGUGGCUUUUCAUCUGGGGCCACAUCAAAAGGAAAUAAAAUAGCUAUUUUGUCAUUUGAAGUUGCCAACACAAUAGUAAGAGGUGCAAACCUUAUGCAAUCCCUUUCAAAAGAGAAUAUAAAAUACCUAAAGGAAGUAGUUUUGCGUUCCGAAGGUGUCAAGCGUCUGGUCUCUUCAGACAUGGAUGAACUACUAAGAAUUGCCGCCGCUGACAAAAGAGAAGAGUUGAGUAUCUUUGCUGGAGAAAUAGUGCGUUUUGGAAAUCGCUGUAAAGACCCUCAAUGGCAUAACUUGGACCGCUAUUUUGAGAAACUUGGUUCUGAAGUUACACCUCAAAAACAAUUGAAAGAAGAGGCAGAAACUAUUAUGCAGCAACUACUGACAAUGGUCCAGUAUACAGCUGAACUGUAUCAUGAGAUGCACACAUUGGAUAGAUUUGAUCAGGAUUAUAGACGGAAGCUUCAGGAAGAAGAGAGCCCGAGUGCAGCUCAGAGAGGAGACAGCCUUGGAAUUCUAAGGUCGGAGCUAAAGAGCCAAAGGAAGCUUGUAAGAAAUAUAAAAAAAAAGUCACUCUGGACUAACAUAUUAGAAGAGGUCAUGGAGAAACUUGUGGACAUUGUCCACUUCUUGCAUCUUGAAAUCCUUGUAGCUUUUGGAGAUGGUGGUGGCCUUAAAGUGGGAAAGAAGGAAUGCAACAGCAACAACAAAAGGAGAAGAUUGGGUUCUCUUGGUCUUGCUUUGCACUAUGCAAAUAUCAUUACCCAAAUUGAUACUCUUGUAUCACGGCCAAGUUCUAUUCCACCAAACACAAGAGAUAAUUUAUAUCAAGGACUGCCACCCAGCAUAAAAUCAGCUUUGCGUGCAAAAGUACAAUCAUUUCAUGUCAGUGAGGAGCUUACAGUGCCUCAGAUCAAAGCGGAAAUGGAGAAAACUUUGCAGUGGCUUGUUCCAAUUGCUGCUAAUACAACCAAAGCGCAUCAUGGCUUUGGUUGGGUUGGCGAAUGGGCAAACACUGGGUCUGAGGUGAAUCGGAAACCAGCAGGGCAAGCAGACUUAACCCGCAUAGAAACUCUAUAUCACGCUGACAAGGAGAAGACAGAGGAAUACAUUCUUGACCUGGUUGUGUGGCUUCAUCAUUUGGUCAGCCAUGCAAGACCUGGUCUCCAAGCUUGUAUCAAGUCCCCUAUCAAGUCGCCCAUCCGAUCUCCCACGAAAAAGAUGGCUGCAGCCUCUCUCCUAGAAAAACAUAAGGUAGUAAAGCAAUAUGUUCUGUCUCAAGAAGACCGGGAUAUGCUGCGGGAAGUGACUUCAAGAAAGCUGACCCCUGGGAUCAGUAAAAGCCAAGAGUUGGAUACCGCAAAGACCAAGUCUGGAAAGUUUAGCAGGUUGACUAGAAGUUGCAGCCAUUCUCCAAGUACUGGUAACAAGAAGAAUUCUAUUCCUGUGAGAAGGCCAUCUACUUUGCCUGUUAUCGACUUCUACAUUGACAAGUCGAAGGCCUUGGAUCUCAUUGACAGAGUUGACACAUUUAUAUAGGCGGUUUUUGCUUGGCAGCCACUUCUAGUUUUACGGUAGGAUUAGACCCAAUUGGGUCAGUUCUGCUUAAUUUUUAUUCAUCUGAAGUGCAGAGUGACGACAGUGGCAUGCAAGGUCUUGGUGGGAGGGGUUGGCUGCUUGGUGUGGGGAAGGCAUUUUUGUAAGUAAUUGUAGAGAUGAUAGUGGGAAAUCUGUAUUAUAGAAAAAAGGUGAUUUGGUCUGUCUCAGUGGUUGGUUAAUUUUGUUUAUUUAUGUAAAAAUUUCAUAUUUAAUGUAUCGGUUUUGCUGGCAGUGUA